GUUGAACGUGCCGAACGAUAGGUCGCCCUCUCGUGCCUUCUUCUUCACAGCCGCCUUGACGGCCGCUGCGGUCUCGUGUCUCUCUCGGUCCACCUCGCGUUGCGAAUGUGCUUUCUUCCGUAUUUUGCGAGCGGCGACUUUCCUCGCAUCAAUCCAUCUCUGCAGAGCUCGGUUCUUGCCUGUGGUGUUUUGACGAGGAGGGUGCAGCACUCCCUCCCCGCGGUGCCCGCGGUUGUCUCCCUUCUCCCGCGAGCGGUGCUUACUGACGUGGUGUUUCCGAAUAUCUCUACUCCUCCAGCUUCGUGGGCCACGCUUUCCGCCAUGGUGGUUGCCAGGUGCAGUUUGCCGCUUUGCAUUACUGCCGCGGGAACAGUGUCCAUACACACCUCUCGCCACUACCACCGUCUGGGCAUCCUCACCGCCACGCUGAGCCAGCGCGGCGGUGAGUUGCACCUUGGGACACCACCCGCCUACUAUCUGUUGUGUCCUGGUUCGCCCGCGAGGGACUCACUAGGUCGAUUUCGGCCCCGGCCGGGGAGCAGGCCGAGGGGGGGUCAGGCGAAAGCGUUAGAUCUGGAAUACACGUCGUCGUCAACGGCGGAGGAGAGCGACUCUGCUAUGUCAACGCUACCACCGUCACCAUUAAGCGAUCCCCGUGUCACCGCGGCGCACGAUCCAAUCGCCGGCAGCACCGAUGGCGCCCAGGUCAAAUCGGCCCCACCGCCUCCGCCUACAGUACCCCCAUCGCUACCUGCGAGCGCGCACAAUGGUGUUGCCGCCGCUGCCACCACUGACGGUACGCGAGGAGAGAACACGGUGUCGGCUAAAUAUGCCAGGGAAGGACGAGUUGAAAAAACGACCCCUGGAUUGGUGGAGAAGCUGAAACCACCGCCCAAGAGCACAGAGAAGAAGGCUGAGCGAGCUCAUGUCCGUGACGAGUUUUCGUUCCUCGCCAACAAAGAACGCCAGUUGGUGGCACGUCAAGACCGGUGGGCCGUGACCCCUGACACCUGGAGAUCGUGGGAGAGGCUCCGGCUGAUCGUGAAUCUGGGGUACACAAGUGUGGGCUCGCUUUGCCAGAACCAACGCUACGUCUACCAGGAGGUUGAGAACUGGAUCAACGGUUCUCCGAAAAGUCAAUUCCGGCGAUCUCGAACGCACUUCCUCAGAAAAGAAUUGGCGAGCGGUGGCGGCGGUGCCACAGAGGGCGCUGCUGUAGUCUGCGCUACACGUCCCGCCGCCGCCACUCCACUUACGGACAGCACGGGGCAUGCAAGCACCAAGAUGCUGCUGCCGAGAUCCCUACCUUGUGCGCGGUCAAGCUCUACGAAAAAAGAUGGUGGCAGAGCAAGGAAAAGUAGCGGCGCCAACGCCAACGCCCGCAGCAACCGCGACGGCCCUCAGGAUGGUUCCGGGGCCACAGUUGUGAAACCGACCGGGUGCGCCAAGUUCAACAACCGCAACGGAGACGCCAAGCGGGGUAGGAGUGUGGCGGCACCACAACAAGAGGACGUUGGCGGAAGACGUUCCUGUGCUUCGACGGGAAAAGCACGGCGGAAGAUUCAAGGGCGGGCGAGAGGCCAUGCGGACGCUUCUGCCGGCGCCGGAAAGAAGAAAAACAUGGGACCGGCCACCGAGAGAGCUGCAACUACCAUAGCGACGACGAAGGUGACCCUCACUGAACGUGAGCGACGGGUACGAUCGGAGUCUGAAGACCGGGGGGCCAAGAAACACGUCAGCUCGGCAGAGAAUGGCCGUCAACCGCGGAUUGCAAGCUCUACGCUGAAGGCGACAAUCUCACGUCGGAAGAGACGAAUAUUUGAAUCUGACGACGAAGAAGAGCACGCUGUGCAUGCAACAACGGUGAACAAGGUUGUGCGCAAGGGUGGUGACAAGAGAGUGUGUGUGACCGCAGGAGCGUCCAAGGUUGGCAACGGCGGGAUGGGACGCCGACCAUUCCAAUAA